AUGUCGAGUUUCGGCACGAGGGCAGCCUCCUCUUCAUCGUCCACUAUCGCCUCCUCAUCGUCCUCCAAACUCGCACAGAUCCCAGGCUGGACCAUCAUCUCUCGCUACUCCCGCUCACACCGCAAAUCGACCUUCCUCAUCGGCGUAUUCACCGGUCUCAUCCUCGGCCUUGGCUCCAUCACAUCCGUCUUCUUCUUCGCUGAGCGUAGAGAACGCCGACGUCGUCGCCGCAAACUUCGCUCGUACGGUCUCGAUGAUGAAGAUGAAGAAGAGCGACGUCGACGAGAACUGCGCGGGCGGGACCCUAUUGAAAUCCGCUCAGGUCAGGUCGUACGUGGCGUGGAAGGGUUGAUUGGAAACACACCUCUCAUGCGCAUCAACAGUCUAUCGGAUGCUACGGGAUGUGAAAUCCUAGGUAAAGCAGAGUUCCUCAACCCCGCCGGUUCACCUAAGGAUCGGGUCGCACUUGAAAUCCUCAAGGACGCUGAAGAAGAAGGACUGCUAUAUCCCCACACUGGAAGCUGCAUUUUUGAAGGAACCGUCGGAAGCACAGGUAUCUCACUAGCAACUCUCGCAAGGGCAAAAGGAUAUCGAUGCUCAAUUGUUAUCCCUGACGACGUGGCCAGAGAAAAGACAGAGAUUUUGGAGAAGCUAGGUGCAGAGAUCCAAGCUGUGAGACCGCGCGGGAUCGUCGAUCCGCGACACUUUGUCAAUGAAGCCCGGGCGCGAGCAGAGGCUUUCGGUGAUGUAGAGCUCGUCGGACCCCAUCCUACUGCAUUUGGCGCCUCUGGAUAUGCAGGAUCUGACGGCGGGCAGGGGGAAGAAGACUACACCCAACGCGAUGAUCUUGUUGUCUCCACCCAACGCUCUAUCUCCAGCGAAGCAGCGAUGAUCUCCGAAACCCAAGCAAGGGGAUUCUUUGCAGAUCAGUUCGAAAAUCCAAGCAACUUCUGGGCGCACUACAAUGGUACCGCUCCCGAAAUCUGGCGUCAGACAGGAGGCUUGAUCGAUGCAUUCGUAGCAGGCGCAGGGACAGGUGGAACGCUUUCUGGCUGCGCAGCUUAUCUGAAGCGCGUGAGCUGCGAUCGGGAUGAAUCGGGUCGUGGUGGUGACUUUAUCAGAAGAGCAGGCUCGGCGCAAGAAGUUCGUGUGGUUCUGGCUGAUCCGCAGGGAAGCGGGCUGUAUAACAAGGUCAAGUACGGCGUGAUGUACAGUCCGACAGAAGCGGAGGGGAAGCGGAGAAGGCAUCAGGUAGACUCGGUUGUGGAAGGGAUCGGGAUCAAUAGAAUCACAAGGAAUCUUCAGAUGGGUCUGCAGUGCAUUGAUGACGCUGAGAGGGUGACGGAUGAUGAAGCUGCAAGGAUGGGGAGGUAUUUAAUUUUGAACGAUGGCUUGUUUUUGGGAUCGUCGUCGGCGGUCAACUGCGUCGCUGCUGUGAGGACAGCGCUGAAGCUGAAGCGAGAGAGAGGAGACGAUGCACCACCGGUCGUAGUGACAGUGCUCUGCGAUUCAGGUGCACGCCAUCUUUCCAAGUUCCACGACAAUUCGGCUCUGACUCGUCUUGGAGUAUCGGACGCUGGAAGCAGUGAUAUUUCCGAUAUCCUCAAUUCUGUAGACUAG